GGGGAACAGAGAUGAGCACUCUUUCUCACACUCAAGCCUGUGCAGCAGCAAAGCUGGUGAUACAAAUAUGAGAUGUGGGAGGGACUGGAGAGACACUGAGAGUCUGACAGAAGGGUGGUGAGCCUCUGGGGAGGGGAUUCGGGCUGAUAGUUGUAAGCUGCCUGCUGAGUCCCCAGGAGGACCUGAACACCUCUCCCUCCUUAUAAAACUAAGCCCAAACCGAGUCUUGGGAAAAAAAUUCAUUUUAAAGAGACCUGCCAGCUUCUGGAGAGACCUGGAAAAGGAGCAAGGUCCCCUCUCUUCCCGGCUGUCUCUGAUUGCCUCAAAUAUCAGGCAGUUUUGAGGACCCAGAAUUGGAGGGGGAACAAUUUCUUCCCUGUACCCAGACGUACUGAGAUAUCUUUGAUUCUGAAGAAUCUGUAGCCCUGGAUAUUCUAAUGAUUUGGGGGGUAGGGGGUGGGGGUGGAGUGAGGGUUGCAGGCAGGGUAGGGAUCAGGGGAACCUAGGCUGGGGGAUGUCCCUUCCUCUUCCUCUCCCUAUCCCACAAGUGAAGAGAAGGCUAUUCCCUUUCCCCAGUGCCCCUUCCCAUUCCAAGAGCAAGCAGCAGAUGCUGGAACCAGGCAGGACGUCUUGGGCAGCCGCUGUAGCCUUCCAAGAAGCUCCUAGCCUCGCUUAGCUUAACCUAGCCACAGAGCUGGAGGGAGAACCUUGGGCUCAGACCCUCCUUUUUCCCAGACUUCUGGGUCCUCUGGGCUCUGGCCUGCCCUUCAGACCAUAAGAAUUGUGAAGAAGCGAGAAUAAUAAACCCAGGCUUGGAGGAGACAGAGUAGACCUGAGAAGCAGGAAAAACAGUUUUCACCUGGGAAGGAGAGUGCUUCGUCUUCUUCGCCUCUCUUUCUGAAAGCGAUGCUAAACAGUGAACUCUUCUCCUUUUCUACCUACACAAGACCCUAGAAACAAACCUUUUCCUUUAGUUCUCUCCUCACCACGCGGAGAUUCAUUCGGGGGACAUUUACCCACCCUUCCCUUGAGGGAACGGGGCUCAAGCAACGCAGGGGUUAACUUUUCUGAAAACACAAUUAACUUUUUCCUAUCCUGCGUGGGGAGGGGAGGGAUAUAUUUAUUUAAUCACUGGGGGAUGGGGUGGUCUCAAUCCAAAUGCUCCCUCCUCCCUCCAAGGCACAGACGCCUCUUUCGCAGAUCCUACGUAGGUGGAACAGGACGCGUUGUGUUGUCGGGGAGAGAGAGAGAGAGAGAGAGAGAAAGAGAGAGAGAGAGAGAGAGAGAGAGAGAGAGAGGAGAAGGAGAAGAAGGAGGGAAAAAAAAAAAGGUUGAUAGGUUUGUGCGCGGGUCCCUCGCGCGGGCUGCGCUCCUCCUGGGUGCUAUUUGACAAUUCCUGCCUCUGCCAUUGGUCAGUGUUGGAUCAGAUGGUUGUAUUUCCUUCUGGCCCUCACUGGCACCUCGCCAUCCCCCCUCAGCUAAAACCCAAUCUCAGAUAUACUACUAAUAGGCGCGGCGCUCGGACUAUAAAACACAACAAAUCAUAAACCCGGCGGAGCAGCAGCGGCCGAGCGCGCCUCCCCUCCCAAUGAGUUCCUAUUUCGUGAACUCCACCUUCCCCGUCACUCUGGCCAGCGGGCAGGAGUCCUUCCUGGGCCAGCUACCGCUCUACUCGUCGGGCUAUGCGGACCCGCUGAGGCACUACCCCGCGCCCUACGGGCCCGGGCCCGGCCAGGACAAGGGCUUUGCCGCUUCCUCCUAUUACCCGCCCGCUGGCGGCGGCUACGGCCGAGCGGCGCCCUGCGACUACGGGCCGGCGCCGGCCUUCUACCGCGAGAAGGAGUCGGCCUGCGCGCUCUCGGGCGCCGAAGAGCCGCCCCGGUUCCACCCUGAGCCGCGGAAGUCAGACUGUGCGCAGGACAAGAGCGUGUUCGGCGAGGCGGAGGAGCAGAAGUGCUCCACCCCGGUCUACCCGUGGAUGCAGCGGAUGAAUUCGUGCAACAGUUCCUCCUUUGGGCCCAGCGGCCGACGCGGCCGCCAGACCUACACGCGCUACCAGACGCUGGAGCUGGAGAAAGAGUUUCACUACAAUCGCUACCUGACGCGGCGGCGGCGCAUCGAGAUCGCGCACGCCCUGUGCCUGACCGAGCGGCAGAUCAAGAUCUGGUUCCAGAACCGGCGCAUGAAGUGGAAAAAGGAGAGCAAACUGCUCAGCGCGUCUCAGCUCAGUGCCGAGGAGGAGGAAGAAAAACCAGCGGAGUGAAGGCGUUGGAAAGGGAGGGGGGACGCGAAGGGAGCGGCCUGUGGGGAGCCGAGGGCCUCGGAGAGCCCCGAGAAGGCUCUGCGGGCGGGGGACCCGGGGGACCUGCUCUCUAGCGCACGACACGUGCGGGGGGGCCCAGCGCUCUUUGGACGCCCCCGCCCGCAGAGCUCUCAUUGGGUGCUGGGAGGCCCUGCCGCCUGAGCCCACCCAGCACCCUGAGCGUCCCCUCCAUCCCUGCGGGACCCGCUUCAGCCCCAUCAGGCUCCCCUGUGAGAACUGAGGACCGGACUCACUUGAUGUUUCCUGGAAGCAGAGCAAAAUGCUCUUGUCCGUGUCGCGUCUCAUUUCGUCCAUGUCCCCGGUGCACGGUUCAAUGGUAGAUUCGCAGUCCCCUCAGCGGGGGCCUCGAAGACUCCCUGACCCCAGACCUCUCUCCCACCCCCUCCUUAAAGCCACUGGAAGGAGCACAUACUACCUAGAAGUAAGAAGAGGAGCCUCAGAAGAAAACAAAGUUCUAUUUUAUUAAUUUUCUAUGUGUUGUGUUUGUAGUCUUGUCUUAGCUCUGGACGUGAAAUACUUCGGUAAUAAUAUUAAUAUUAUUAAUAAUGAUGAUAAUAAUAAUAAAGACGUUAAAACUC